GUUCGCGACUGCCGGCCGCUUCGGUCGCCAAGAGCCGCCCCAGCGGCAUCAAUCAAAGCACUAAUAAUGCACGAACCAACACACCGAAAUACGAAGCCUCGAAAAUUUAAAUCCGUGUAUUUUUGACGAGUGUUUUUUUUUUAGUGUUUUAUUCUUUUAAUUUUUUUGUUUUUUUUUUUAAUGUGGAUCGUAGUGCGAUUUUAGGAGAAACGAAGGGUCUACAUUUUAAUACAGCUUGGAGCUCAGCACAGCUCCUAUCAACGGCGUUCUGGAUCGCGGUAAACACGAUUUCCACGACGACCAGAAAUGUCAGUACGGGGACGAUUUGGUGCGCUUGAAGAUGACUUCAUAGUGGUGAUGUCCAGAAGAGGCCAAAGCCGAUCACCGUAGCUGACUCUUUGGUCUGAGAAGGAAAAUGAAUCUUCUAAAUAUGGACGCGGAGAAUCGCGUCGUGCUGAACGUGGGCGGUAUCCGACACGAGACUUACAAGGCGACCCUGAAGAAGAUCCCCGCGACGCGGCUGUCCCGGCUGACGGAGGCGCUCGCCAACUACGACCCGGUGCUCAACGAGUAUUUCUUCGACCGACACCCAGGGGUCUUCGCGCAAGUCCUCAACUACUACAGGACGGGCAAACUGCACUACCCAACAGACGUUUGCGGUCCACUUUUCGAGGAAGAGCUGGAGUUCUGGGGUCUGGAUGCCAACCAGGUGGAGCCGUGUUGUUGGAUGACUUACACACAGCACCGUGACACUCAAGAAACCCUGGCCGUCCUGGACCGCCUCGACUUGGACACUGAGAAGCCCACUGACGAGGAGGUCGCCCGUAAGUUCGGGUUCGAAGAAGAUUACCUAAAAGGAACCGUUAGCUGGUGGCAACAUCUGAAGCCCCAAAUGUGGUCGUUAUUCGAUGAGCCGUACAGUUCAAAUGCUGCUAAGAUAAUCGGUGUUAUAUCAGUGUUUUUCAUUUGUGUAUCGAUAAUAUCGUUCUGCCUAAAAACGCAUCCAGACAUGAGAGUGCCAGUGAUCAGAAACUAUUCAGUCACGACUGCGAAUCAAACGCAGAGCUGGGCGCUGGACAAAGUGCAGACAAACGCCCACAUCGCGUUCUUUUACAUCGAGUGUGUGUGUAACGCGUGGUUCACAUUGGAGAUCCUAGUCCGUUUCAUAUCCUCUCCAAAUAAAUGUGAAUUCGUCAAAUCCUCGGUCAACAUCAUCGACUACAUAGCCACAAUGAGCUUUUACAUCGACCUCAUUCUCCAAAAGUACGCCUCUCACGUCGAGAACGCUGAUAUCCUCGAGUUCUUCUCGAUUAUCAGGAUUAUGAGGCUGUUUAAGUUGACAAGACAUUCGUCUGGCCUCAAAAUCCUCAUCCAGACUUUUAGAGCUUCUGCCAAGGAGUUGACACUGCUAGUGUUUUUCUUGGUACUGGGUAUUGUGAUUUUCGCAAGUCUGGUGUACUACGCGGAGAGGAUACAGACGAAUCCUCACAAUGACUUCAAUAGUAUACCGCUGGGACUAUGGUGGGCCCUAGUGACUAUGACUACCGUUGGAUAUGGUGACAUGGCGCCGAAAACCUACGUCGGAAUGUUCGUUGGAGCGCUCUGCGCCUUAGCUGGGGUACUGACGAUAGCGCUCCCAGUUCCAGUUAUAGUAUCGAACUUCGCCAUGUACUAUUCGCACACGCAAGCGAGGGCCAAGCUCCCGAAGAAGCGGCGAAGAGUCAUCAAUGUGGAACCAACCAGGCCGCCUCUCCGCAAUUACAUCACAUCGAUCAAUUUUCAAAACAGUAAACCUACAAAUGAAGUAUCAAUAAAACAGACAACUACAGCGGUACACUUUUGCUAUACACGAAACUAACAUUGACUUUAAUCAUGUUAAUAUAUCAGUUCUCAUUUUUUGCAUUUUUAAUGUGAGGUGUGAAGAAUGUGUACGUCAGCACUUGGAUGUUGUGUCAUUUGUCUUACUGUGGACUGUUGUUUUGUAUUGCUCAGUAUUUUUAUUUCCUUUUAAACAAUCAGUACUUUCAUUGAAUUCAGAUUGAAAACUAAAACAUUCUGUUUUUGUGAUCUGAUACUAAAUCCAGAUAUUUUUUUAAAAUCUAUUAACACACUAUUUGCAUGUCGACGUCAAGUUAGAUAUUUCAUUAAUAAAAACAAUUAAAAUCGUGUUUAUCACCAACAGUUGCAACUCUAAUGCCCGGAAUAGAUCUCUCAGUUACCACACGAUUAACGCCGAGCCCCCGGGACAUGUCACCGGCACUGGCCAUAGCUCUUCCCAUGAUGAAAUCAGUUAACAUCGUCCCAGUCCAGUGCUUCGACAACAUGGCCUUCCAUAACGACAAAGUCGAGGAGGUCAACAACGAAAAUGACAGCAAGUCGUCGAGCAGAGAGGACUCAGUCGAUAGCGACAACACCAUUCGCGUGAACAUCUACAAAAACGAAAACUAUUUGGAAAAGAUGGAGGAUAAAUCAGACGCCAGGACUCCGUUGUUACGUGAACACAAGAACGAGUCUCUAGACGAGACUAAAUUAAGAACAGAAACGAAAAUUGAAAAGAGAAAAUCAUCGGCAUCAACAUAACAUUACAUUAAUGGUAAGAUGUGACCAAUAAUAACUAAGGAAAUGAAAAACUAUAGUAAAUUCUUCCUUUAUUCGAAGGGACUAUGUUGCUGAAAUGUCUAUGAGUCGUGCUAUACUAAUGUAUGCAAAUAGUAUCGGAGACGAAUGAUCAUGAAGUGAAAAGUAUUUAAUAAAAACAUGAUUUAGAAUCUCCGAUACUAUUAAUACCUAGAUUUUGUCAUAUAAGUGCAUUGAAGGCCGUGAUAGAAUUAAUAAUAAUAUAUGUAGCUAAGUGUUUAAAGCACUUUACGAUAAACGUUUUUAUAAAACACAUCAUAAAUUAAUCAUAAUAUGCCUAUCACAAUUAGAUUUUAAGUUUUGGAUUGUUAUUGGAACAUGCUCUUUUAAGGAAUCACACACAUGCAUUUAGAAACAGGAAAUCUGCAUUUUGAUAUCGUGUAGGUACAAAAGCAAGAAGAUCUUUUCCCUGACGUGACAACUUUCCCUAAAUUUCCGAGAUGUUAACGAUUUAUAAAUUUAUACUAUCUUCUAACUACAUCGGAAUGUGAACAAAAAUAGUUUUAAGACAGACUUAUACUAAAAGGUAAGGAAAAAAUAAUACAAAAAAAACUAAUGGAUUGUGCACUAUUGGAUGCAUACUGAGACUUUCAAGAUUUGAAAAUAAAGAAUUAAAUACCAUAAUAAUUAUAUUAUUUAAUGGGCUUAUUAUUUAUAUUAUUAUUUACCUAGAUUUUUUCGUGAUCAUGUGGCUAUCAAGGACCUUAAACCAUCUGUCCAACUACUAAUCAGAAUAUAUUAUGCGAUCCCUAAGCUAACACACAACAUAUCAUCAGAGGGAUAGGUACAAGAAGAAUUAAUACUAACUUAAAAAAGCCUUUUUCCAUGAUCCAAAAAAUACUUUUCAUACCUUUGACUUUAAUAGACAAAGAUUUUUAGACCAGUUUAUUAUUCUUAAAAUGUUUACAUCUCACACCCUAUUUAUUAGCCAAUAAAUUAAAGUUAAUAUUAACAUAAUUGUAAAUUAAUAAUAAAGACUAUAUUCAAAUUAACAACUGUAUGUAUGAAUUCGAACCCAGAAUACGAGAAAA